AUGAGCGAGAAUGAGGGGAAGCAGCCCAUAGGAGCUACUUCUCUCUUACGGGAGCUGGAACUGACGAAGAAACGAUCGCAGAAAACGCCCUUCACGCAGUUGAACCUAGACGAAUCUAUACUAUUUUCUCUGCUGAUUCAAAGGUACCUCUUCUGUGCCAACAUACAGGAAAAGGCCAUUCCCCUCAUUGGGAAGAAGGAAAAUGUCCUCCUACACUCCGAAACGGGUAGCGGAAAAACGCUAUGCUUCGUUAUUCCUAUGCUAGAAAAUUUGGUGAAGUCCAAACUGGGGGCCUUAAGAAGAGAGUUCCUUUUCAAGUCCACAUGUGAGGAGGCGAAGGAAGAAGAAGAACAAGACGAUUGUUACGAUGAGGAGAGAGUCAACUGUAUCUACAACAAAUUUGAAAAUGUAAACAUAGAGAAGAGCAUCCCCCCUGUUGACAUAAAUGUAGCCAAGUUUAUUCAGUAUAUCCGAACCUCUUUGGAGGAUACCCCCUACAAGAAAGAUGCCGCCGUUGGGAAUGGAGGGAGGAGAGUUAACAAAGAUGAUCCGCACCCACCCCGUGGUAAGAACAUGCACUGCGAAUCGAUUGAAGGCGUUGUAAAAAGAUGCAUUCGGUGCACCAUGACUGAGAACAAGAGUAAACAGAACAUACACGUGAACGGAGUUAUUAUAGCCCCCACCAGGGAGUUAUGCAUACAAAUAUUCGACGUAGUAAAUAAAUUUCUCUUUUUCAUAAGAUUAUAUUUUGCCAAAAUUUUUAACAUACACGUGGACGAAUUGGAUAAGGAAGUCUUCUUUGUGAACUCGCUGUUGUUUAGGGGUGCUGUAAAAAUUGAAGAAGAUUUAAAAAUUAUAAAAAAUGAAAAGAAAAAAAAAAACAGAUCCCAAAUCAUUGUGGCCACCCCGGGGAAGUUAUCUACUCUGUUUGUUGAUCACAAGUGCCACUUUGACACGAGCGAGUUAGCAUAUUUGAUAUUGGAUGAGGGGGAUAAAUUGUUGGAAGAGAGUUUUUUAAACUAUGUCCAGGAUGUCGUUAAGAGCAUCGCAUCAAAGGAUUAUGCCACGUGUAUUUGCAGCGCGACCUGUCUACAGGAGGAGAAGUUUUAUAACUUGUUUUCUGACAAGAGGAGAUCCUUUAUCAAGUGUGUGGGGGGGCCAAGCCCGAUUGCGUCCACUACAAGCGCACUGGGCACUGAUGCAACUGCUUCCACUACCCCUGCGGGCACUGGUAGCACCCCGGGGAACACGUUUCAAAUGCCAGAGAAAAUCGAAAAUUACUACAUCACGGUGCGAAACCUGGACAAGAGUUUCUUUCUGUUCAAAUUUUUGAGCACCGUGGUGCGCGAGGGGGAGACAGUGAUUGUAUUUUUGCCAACCUGCUUCUGCGUGGAUUUCUUCUUUCACGUAUUCAAGAACGUACUGAAUACGGACCAGAGAACCCCGAAGGAAAUUUUUAACCAUAUCGUAACUCUCAACAACAAACAUAAAAAUGUCUUCAGCCCAUCUGACCUUGCGCUCUUCUGCAAAAUGAUUCAUUACACUCAGAAAUAUAUGGGGAAGAAAAAAUUCAUUCUUUUAAAAAUCCACCGGAAAAUGAAAGACAAAAAAAGGAUAAGUGCGUAUAAGAAAAUAAAAGAAAAUAAGAAUAAGAGAAGGAUAAAAAUUAUUCUGUGCACAGAUAUAAUGAGCAGAGGAAUUAACGUGGAUAUCCAUUGGGUUAUCAACUACGAUGUGGCAAAUAAAAAUAUGACAUACAUACAUAGGAGUGGAAGAACAGGAAGAUUUGACAAAACAGGGAAAAACAUUAUUCUUCUUAAUAAGAAGGAGAAAGAAUAUAUAUAUUUUUUAAAAAAUAAAAAAGUGAAUAUCAGCAAUUUUAGGAAAACUUCCAUGUUCAGCGAUAUGCUCAGUUGGGAAUCUCGAGUGAUGCGGAAUGAAGACGCAUUGGACACACAAGUGCGGGAAGUAGCAAACAUGGAGAAGGGAAAGAUGGGGAAAUCCUUCCAUGAGAAAAAUUUUUCAUUUUAUGGAAAUAUGCAGAGGAAACGCGUUCAAAGGAGGGAGGUAAAGGGAGGGGAUGUGGAGGGACAUCCUCCCAAGAGGGAUGAUCACAUCCUUCUGUUGAACAACAUGGUGAAUAUAUUUUUAAAAUACAUAAUUUUUUUCAUAAUCGAGAACAGAGAAACAUAUUUACUCUCGACAAAGGCAUUUCUGUCGUACAUUGAGUUUUACAAAAACCACCAACUGAGUUUUCUCUUCCCUUUCCACAAGCUUAAUCUCGGGCACCUGUGCCACUCGUUUGCGCUGGUGAAAAUCCCCAAAUUUAAGGAGAAGGGCCAAAUUAAGAAUUUCAAACGGGUGGGCCUGAACACUUCCGACAUACCAUACAAAAAUGAAGAGAAGGAGAGAAAGCGGCAGGAGGAACUGACACGUUUGGAACAGUUAAGAAGUGAGGAACACGCCGCCAAUGAGAAAGCGGAAAGCCAGACAAACAUGGAGGGAGGCAAAGCCAACAAGCGGAAGCAAGAAAAAAAACAAAAAAAAAGAAAAACCAUUGUUCAGAGAAAACAUGAACAAAGGGACAUGGAAGAAAACGAAAUUGAAUCCCUAUUCUUUGAAGAAAAUUUGUACAAAAAAUUAAAAAAAAAAAAAAUUUCCAAAGAUGAGUACGACAGAUUGCUUAACAUGGAAAACCUGGACAAAAUAUUUUCCACUCCGCCCAGCGGGGGGAAGAACCAGACCGUUGCCCCCCGGAAAAAUCAGGCAGCUGCGUCAAACAGGAAAAGGAGCAAGAAGAAGAGAAAGGUAUAUAACAUGAAGGUGAAGAAGAGGCGGAAGGGGGGUGGCAAACGAAGGUAA